AUGUCAAGUUCCAAAGACGCUACAGGCACAAAAGUUCCUGCGGAUGUAGAGAAACAAGACACAGGUCUGUCUCGCGAAGCAUCCGUUAUGCAAUCUCCUGCGAGAAUGACACCGAUGGAUCCACACGGCCUUGCGCUUCUCCCUCCACCCACCAAUGAUCCGCUCGAUCCAUUGAACUGGACUAGGUUUGAGCGAGGUGUGAUACUAGCCAUUGUGUGUUACGCUGCGUUCUUGACAGUAUACUGCACUACCACAACGGUUCCCUCGUUCUUCCUUCUCCAGGACCAGUUUAAUGCCACCUAUUCAGAAGUAAAUUGGUCAUUUGCCAUUCCCUCGCUCGGCGCGGCAAUCAGCCCGCUGAUCUUCACCUCUCUUGGCGACAUAUAUGGCCGGCGCGUCGUCUUGGUUGCGAGCAGCGCUUUGACUCUUGUCGUAACGGGUUGUGCCACCAUCCAAGACAUCAGUUUCGGUGGCUACAUGACCUGCCGCUUUCUGCAAGGCUUUUUUGCCGCUCCAGCCUGUGGUGUCUCCUUCGGCAUUAUUCGUGAUAUCUCAUGGGAUCAUGAGCGCGGACUGUACACGGGAUUUUGGGUCUUGAGCUUCGACUUCGGUUUUAUUUUUGUUGGAGGCUUCACUGCUGCGGCCGGUGCAGUCUGGGCUCAGUACCAUGUUGCAAUAGCCUUUGCCGUUCUGAUGUUACUGGAAAUUUUCUUCCUACCCGAGACACUUUAUCCGCGUGACAAGGUUCUCCGCAUGGUUGAAGAAAAUGCGAAUUUAGAGUCUCUACCACGCACCAAGGAAUUGAUCUUAUGGUAUUCGUCGACCGUUUCCGUCGUCACUAUGGUCCCAGCUGCGUACGCCCAACACUCCACGCAAAUUCAAGGCCUUCUUUUCCUCGGUCUCAUCAUUGGAAAUUUGGUGGCAGAGAUCAUCUGUUCGGGUCGAUUAAGCGAUUGGCUGUGCACCCGCCUGGCUCUUUGCAAUGAAGGCGUACGAACACCCGAAAUGAGGUUAUGGCUUUGCUACUUAGGCAUCUUGUUAGGGAGUAUUGGCCCGACAAUAUGGGGCCUUUCUAUCGAUUAUAGCUGGCACUGGAUGGUCGGAGAAGCUGGCUUCUUCUUGUGCAAGUAA